GAACAGCAGUGACAGCCGACAGUCGCCGCAGAUAGAGAUGGUCAUCUUGGUGGAGACGUUUCCUUCCUGCGACAAACGGUAACCCCUCCCUCCUUUACUCAACACCCGCUCAUCCCUCCCUCCCUCCAUCCAUCCCUCCCUCCCUUCACAUCCAUCCUCCCAGCAAUCCGUAGGUUUUCUUCCGGGAAGCUCAGCCACGCUGCAGGAAUGCCUGCAAGACUGGCGACCAUUGUUUUUGCCCGGGACUGAGGAAGAAUAACAAAAGGUCGGCCAUCAGAGAAAGAAGGAAAAACAAGGAGAAAAGACGGAGUUACGGGGCGGGGGGGGGGGGGGCAGCUGCUGCAGCCAUGGCCGCCAAAGAGAUCACCGUUUUCGGCUUUGCGAGCGUGAACAAGGACAUCACAGACAGUAUCAGGAAGAUCAUCGAGAAAUCAUCCAUCAAGUUCAUUUGCGGAAUCAAGCUGGACACCAAGAGUGGUAAAACGGAGGACCGGAUUCUGGUGCUGGCAACGUGGCGUCUCUACUUCCUGGCGCCAAAGAGUCCGGCCAAGAUUGAAUCCACGUUUAACUUCUUGGAGAUCCGAGCUUUGAAUUCGCACCCAGAUCACCAGGUCAUUAUUGACACCGACAAGUCCACCUGCUGCCUGAGGUUCGAGUCACGUGACCACCUCAACCACGUGGUCAGCCACAUCAACUACGCGCUUUCGCGCAUAUUCAACAACUCAGUGUUUGCCCCCUCCAUAUGUCACUCAGACAGCGAUCUCUCCGACGGCAGCAGGAAGUAUUCGCCCAGCUCGGAGACUUCUGUGGAAACCCAGCGGGCGUGCGGAGGCUUUUCAGAGACCUACGCCGCGCUGUGCGACUACAAUGGCAUCAGCUGCAAGGAGGAAGUGCAGUGGGACGUGGACACCAUCUACCACUCCCAGGACAACCGUGAGUUCAACCUGCUGGACUUCAGCCACCUGGAGAGCAGGGAUCUGGCGGUGAUUGUGGCGUCGGUGGCGUACAACACGUGGUUCACUAAGCUGUACUGCAAAGACCUGCGCUUGGGCUCAGAGGUGACGGAGCAGGUCCUGCACACAGUCAGCAAAUCAUCCAGCCUGGAGGAGAUCACGCUUGAGAAUGCUGGGUUAAAGUCAGACUUCCCGCAGAAGAUGUCGGCCGCUCUCUCCGAGAACCCUGCCGCCGUCAUCCACUCGCUCAAUCUGGCUCACAACUCUCUGGACAACCAAGGCGUGGCCAAUCUGAUCCAGCAGAUGUGUCGUCUCAGCAAGGGUCUCCGUCUCCUCAACCUCUCCAAGACCUCGCUGACCUCCAAAGGGGUGGUGUCGCUUUCAAUGGCGCUGAACUCAAGCGACGAGUACUCCAACUCGCUCCUCCACCUGGACCUGAGCAAGAAUCCCGGCAUCCUGUCUGGGGACGACGCCUCGAGCUUGUACCUCUUCCUGUCUCAGCCCAACUGCCUGGUGCAUUUGGACCUUUCGGGCACAGAUUGCUCUGUGGACUCACUAUUUGGGGCUCUUCUGAGGGGCUGUUGCGCUGAUCUCUCCUUUCUGAAUCUUUCCAAAAAUUCUUUCUCACACAGAAAAGGAAAAGACACCCUGCCGUUGUUCCGACAAUUCUUCAGCUCCGCCUUCAGCCUCACCCACGUCAGCCUGGCAGGCAUGAAACUGCCCCCUGACGUCCUCAGGGCUCUCCUCGCAGGCUUAACCUCCAAUCCCCACAUCAACGACCUUCACCUGGACAUCAGCGGCUGUGAGCUUCGAUGUGCAGGAGCUGCCGUCCUCCAGGAGCUCUUCCCCAGAGUCUCCUCCAUCGCCACUCUGGAUAUCUCAGACAACGGUUUGGAUGCAGACUUGCUCACGGUGCUGCCUGCCCUCUCCAGACACCCCUCGCUGAAGCAGCUUUACCUUGGCAAGAACUUUAACAUCAAAAACAGGGUUCUGGAUGAAGUCUUGCAGAAGUUGGUGCAGCUCAUACAAGAGGAAGAAUGUGCCCUGCAGAGCCUCUCGCUGAGCGACUCGCGGCUGCGUUCCCGGGGCACGGUGCUGGUCAACGCCCUGGGCAGCAACACCUGCCUGAGGAAGGUGGACCUGAGCGGCAACAACAUGGACGACAUCGGCGCCAAGAUGCUGAGCAAAGCCCUGCAGAUCAACACCACGCUCCGGAGCGUGACAUGGGAUCGCAACAACACCUCCGCAGCAGGAUUUCUCGAUGUGGCCAGAGCACUUGAACAUAAUUUCACCCUGCAGUACAUGCCUCUCCCCCUGAGCGACAUCAGCCAGGCGUACCGUAGCGCCCCCGAGAGGACGGAGCAGGCACUGACUAAGAUCCAACGGGCUCUGGUGAGGAACAAUCAGACUCAGCGCUUUUCCCAGCGUCAGGCUCUCCGGCUCCACCAAGGGCUCGUCACCAGCACCGCCGAGCAGGUGAUGGAGCGUCUGUGCGCACGCGUCCAGCAGCAGGUUUGCCAGCUGCGAGGCGUCGGAGAGGCCGACGACAUCCAAGCCGCCAAGCAAGUGCUGAAGGAGGCCAGGAAUUCCCGCGCGCUGUACCCCUCCCUGUGCGAACUGGCCCACGUGCUUUCUGUGGACGGGCCAGUCCGCCAACGUCUGGACUCGCUGGCCAGCGAGCUUGCCAAAGCCGCCGACAAGGAGCUUCAGGUGAUCGUGGACUCGAUGGUGUCUCUGUGCCGUGAGCUGUGCCCUCUGUCGUCCGCCGCGGCGGAGCGGCUGGCCACGCCGCUCUCGGCCGUCUCGGAGAGCGUGUCUGUCCCCCGUGCCGCCAUCCGGACCGCACUGAUGGAAAGGGCAGCGCAGGACGUCCAUCGAGCCUUAGAAGAAGUCAAACUGUCUGUGGUUUCCUAUCUCACCAACUCCAUUGUGGACCAAAUCCUGCAGGAGCUCUACGCUACCCACAAAAAACUGACCCACCAGGUGUCUCAUCUCAAACGCUGGGAUGGGUCGUGCGAAGACGCCACGGGCUGGAGGUUCAACAGGCACAGAGACUCUCUGGACAUCACUGAGGAGGAGCUCGGCACCAGUAUAGACACAAUAGCCAUUAAGAAGCGCAGCUCGAGAACAAGACGAAUACGACCCGUCUCCACCAGGCUGAGUCUCUGCGACGACUCCAGCUCCUCGCCGCCCCCUUCCCUCCCCUCCUACUCCACGCCGCUGUCCCGCUCAACCUCCUGGGAGGGCCUGUCUGCGCUGCCCACGCAGGGUCUGCCGCUCCACCACGUGACCAGAGUCCGCCCGAGACCUCCACGCAGGCACAAAGGAGGAUACCUACCCGCUGACACGAAUUGUAGUGAAAAUGGAGGUACAAGCCCUCUGGAUGACGGACUGCCAGAUUUUUAUACUAAAAGAGUCCUUCCGGAUAGUCAACUCUCUUCUCUGCACAACACGCACUCACUGAGGCGGAAGAAAAGGAGGAACGUCCUGGCCAUCUUCGGUUUCCGCAGAAACCGCAACCAGACGCUGUCCAACCAGGAGUCGGACGCCGACUUUUACGGAGAUCACACCGUUGCUACGGCACCCACAGGGACGGCCACAGAGAAUGUGUACACGCUCCUCCAACCUACGAGGUCUGCGACCAGGCUGGGGUCUCCGGGGGAUGGGCCCGAUGGGAAGAAUACUUUGGUUUUGAGUCUGCCACCACCAAUGCCAGGCAUUCAGCAUCCAACCGUGGGAGGAAGCAAGCACCCCUUUUACUCCCCCACCGAGCGCUCCGAAAAGGAGGCGGCGCCCGAGCAUCGGCCAGCGGAGGCCGACAAGUACUGGGCGGACGAUAAGCAGAGGACCAGUGAGGUUCUCCAGGCUGGAGACAUGUGGAUGCCGGGCGAGGGCCACUCGGACAGGUGGCGCUCGGACGAGAGGCCGGGAGAGGCUUUGACCGCCGACAGACAGUGGACGGCGGAGAGACACACGCAAUGGCAGAUCGACAGGAAGAUGGAGAGACAGCGGCUGGCCGGCAGGCAGAUAGACCGCUCGUGGUCGGAGGGCAAGCAGACGGACUUACAGCCGGACGCGCAGUGGACGGACAGGAGUGUGUGGAAGGCGGACAGGCAAGUCCAGGCGCUUCAUUUCUCUCAAAGGCCGUUGCCGCCGUACCCUUUGGACAGGACGCCCUCCCCUAAAAAGGAAGCGAGCACAGAGGUUGAGUCGCAGGGCGAGAGACGAGUCAGUCCCGAUGCUUGCGUGGAAGGCUGGAGGAGCGGCUACGCCGGGCGACCGGCGCCCUGCGUGUCGAAACCCGAACCCCCGCCGCAAAGUAGCAAACCCAGCUUGUCCAAACUGAGGCAAAGGCAUCGACAGGAAAGCUCCGACACGCUACCUGAGGAGGAUGACGAGGGCGAGAGGGAUCCGGCCAGGAUGGACAAGAAGGACUGGGACAGAAGAAGAGAUAUGGAGGGUCAACCUCCCCCGAUUCCUGAAAAGCCAAAGACGACGACGUACGUGACCUUCCCGAAAGAACCGGCCCCGGAAAGGACCUUACCCCCUCCGCCUUUGCCCCCGCCCGUCAGCAGGCCCGCGCACGGGAUGCCAGACCGAGCCGCCAGUCAAGGCGACGAAGGAUCGAGGCCUCAGGCGCCCGUCAAACCCCAGAGGAACCGAAAAGCCAUGUCGUACGACGCAGGCACCGACAGGGACAGCCCCACUAACAUUGAGAAGCCCCCAAAUCGCAAAGCCCCUGAGAAAAAGCCUAGACUGCCCCAAAACAGAAAUAAGUCACUGGACUUGUCUGACAACUUCAACACGGGACCCGGUCACAGCGAGCUGGUGUGACGGAGUAAAACACACACAUCUGCGCCACUAAGUUAACGGUGUUUGCUUCUUGGGAGGACCCUCAUCAUCGACACCCCCCAAUCUGACUCGUCGGUAGUAAAAUAGUAUUUUUGGGGGGCGGGUGAUACUGUCUUACUAGAAUGUGAUUUCUACAACUGGAGUGCCCGCUGACACAGCCGACUGCCUUGAUUAUGACUUGUUUCUUGCGGAUUUCUAUCUGAAAGGUGAUAUUAUAUUUUAUAGAGAGAGGGAAAAAAUCAAUAUUAUGUAUGAGCACCCCCACCAAACCACAAACACACUGUUAUGAAUGAAUGUAUGAAUAAUAAAAA